AUGAUUACAUUUGAAGAAACUCUUUUUCUUAUUGAUCUAAUUCUUCGUAUGAAAUAUUUUCAAAUUGGUUGUACAACUAGCAACGAUAUUGAAUUAUUUGUACAUGUUAUUCUAAUGAAAAUUAGUACUAAACCAAAUCAUAAUCUUCGUUUAUUGGCUUUUUCUAUUCCAACAGCAGAUGAUGAAAUGAUCAAAAAAUUACAGAAAAUGAUUAAUUUUAAUAAGCUAAUUUUUAACUAUAUAAUUAAACGUUUAUUUGAUACUACCAUUUACAUUUGGAAUAACACUAAAUUAUUGUUUUUAUGA